CUCAGAGUGGGGAUCCCAUUGUUUUCUAAAGGGCUGCUGGCCGCAGAAGCCACUGAGCUCUCGAGCCAGCCGUGGGUUCUUUGCUGAGAUGGGGGUGUAGCUGAGGAAGGAGCCUGGAAAGUAAGAGGAGAAAAAGAAAACAAAGGGGAUGGGUGAUGGGGCCAUCCACAGUGGCCUUGAAGCAGGACACCAUCUCCCUGCGGGAUGGGCAGACGACUCGGCUACUCCCCUGCCCAUAAAUGGCCAGAGCUCCCAUGGGGCCACCCCUUUGCCCCGCUACCCUGGCUCUCCCAGGCUGUUGCUCCUACAAAUGGGAAGCACAAGCCAGCAACACCAAGAACAGAGCUCGCCGAGGGUGCUGCUGGAGAAGGUUCUUGGGAGGCCAUCAGAAAUGAGUUUCUCACUGAACUUCACGCUGCUGGCCAACACGACUUCCUCCCCACCUGCUACAAGUGGGAAAGAAGCAGUAUGUUACAUACGAGAGUUGAGCAUUUAUAGGGAUUCUGCAGAUUAUCUUUGAUAUUUCCAGGACUGUGGGCCCUCGCUUGGAUUAGCUGCAGGCAUCCCAUCCCUGGUGGCCACAGCCCUGCUGGUGUCCCUACUAUUCAUGCUGAUCCGCCGAAGAAGAAGCAGCAAUGAUUCCUCUGAGGAAAUUGAGAGGCCAUGUGAAAUUUCAGAAAUCUAUGACAAUCCCAAGAUUGCUGAGAAUCCUAGGAGGUCACCCACACAUGAGAAGAAUCUGAUGGGAGCAGAAGGAGCCCAUGUAUAUGUGAAGACUGUAGCAGGAAGCGAGGAGCCCAUGCCUGACACUUACCGUCCCACCGUCGAAAUGGAGAGAAGGAGGGGAUUGUGGUGGCUUAUGCCCAGGUUGAGCCUGGAAUGAUACAGUUCGAUCAAGGAGCAGAAUCUAGAGCUGGAACAGAGCUGAAAACCCAGGGAUUUGUGCUCAGAGUGAUAAGAGAUGCCAAGCUGCUUCUUAACCAAUCCAAAUUUCCUUUGAAGAUCUGGAAAACUUUUGGGUUGGUUUGUCUCUGUAGGUGACAGAGCUAAGGGUUCAUUCCAACACUCAGAUCUUG